UUCAUAAAUGAUUUAGGGCCAAACAUAAGUCCAGGUAGUUAUCAGCAUAUGUUUGCAGACGACGCGAAAAAAAGGAUAAUAGACGAUGUCUCAUGCCAAUGCCUCCAAAGUAACACGGGGAACUUAUUCAUUUGGAGUUGCCAUGUAAUCAUGUUUGGAGAAAGUCAAAAUCGUUCACUAUACCAAUACAAGGAGACGUAAUGUUAAACCAAUCAGAUAAAGAGAAAGACAUCGGAAUAAUCAUAGACAGGAACCUAAGCCCAUGUAUAUGAUACAUGUUUGCCAACAUGAAGAGGGCAUUCGUGUGUGUGGACGAUAACAUGGUAAAGCCAUCAUAAGAUUUAGUCUUGACUAUGGUUCAGUGGUAAGGAGUGUACAUUUAAAAAAGGAUAUAGAUAAACUAGAAAGAGUUCAAAGAGCAACCACAAGAUGGGUACCAACUCGUGAGACGUACGAGCUACGAAGAAAAACUACAGAAAACAGGUUUAACUACUUCAGAAGAAGACAAAGAGGUGACAUGGAUAAUCAUGUUCACCCAUAUUACAGAAAGGGUUAAGUUAGACAAAGAUGACUUUAUAAUUUUGAACACAAGAAGGGCGAUAGGACACAGCAAAACGUUGAAAGUAAAAAGAGGCGAGAAAGAUGUUAAGUUCGGUUUCUCAAACAGAACUAUUGAAACAUGGAACACAUUUCCAAAUAACAUGUGUGCCAAAAACGUACAUCAAUAAAAAGAUAAAUAAAUAAAUAGAUAAACAGAAUAAUAAUAGUAAAGUGUUAUAUGAUAAUUUAAAUAUAGCGGAGGGGACCAUCUGAGUUAAGCUCUUAUUCUGUAUUGAAACAACUAGGUGAGAACACACACACAUAUUACAUAAACCUCCGCGGCGCAUUGGUUGCAAGAUAAGGUUGUUAUCCGUUCCCCAGGUUAUGUUUAUCUUAUCACGGUAUGAGAAUCGGCCGGGCAUUGCUCAGAGUACCUUCGAACAGCGUAAAUUGCCUCCUCCAGGGUGCCACCGCGACUCUUUAAUUCACACUUGCUGCAAAGGGAAUCCCCCAAGAUGACGAAUAGGAUUCCCCAAGACUUUGAUUACUUUCUUGUUUUAGACUUUGAGGCAACAUGUGACCAGGAUAAAUUAAUUCAGCCACAG